CUCGGGCCGCGUUGCCCCGCCCCUCGGCUGGGCAGCUGGCCAGUCCAGACGCGCGUCGGGAUUUAGCCUGCCGCUUCCGAAGAUGGCGCGGGUGCUGAAGGUGGCCACAGUGGUGGCGGCAGCUGCGAGCGUAGGAGGGCUUUUCCCCAGACUUCAGACUCCAGUUCCAGCGGUCCGGGCUUUGUCCACCCUGCAGUCCCCACCUCGAGUGGCACGCACUGUGUGGAGCCUGGGGCGGCUGAAUCAUGUGGCCAUAGCCGUGCCCGACCUGGAGGACGCCAGGGCCUUUUACCGGGACGUUCUGGGGGCCCAGGUCAGCGAGGUGGUCCCUUUGCCUGACCAUGGGGUGUCUGUGGUUUUCGUUGACCUCGGAAACACCAAAAUGGAACUGCUGCAUCCCCUGGGAAGUGACAGUCCGAUCACGGGUUUUCUGCAGAAGAACAAGGCUGGAGGGAUGCAUCACGUCUGCAUCGAGGUGGAUAACAUCAAUGCAGCCGUGGCGGAUUUGAAGGAGAAGAAGAUCCGUAGCCUAAGUGAAGGGGCCAAAAUAGGAGCGCAUGGAAAACCGGUGAUUUUCCUCCACCCCAAGGACUGCGGGGGGGUCCUCGUGGAGCUGGAGCAGGCCUGACGUGCGUGCAGGGCCGCGCCCCUCAGCAUGCACUUGGUGCGGCGUCCUUCACUCCUCUCUUACUUCCAAGUUGAAACGAAGUCACAGAAAGGGAUUCAAAAAUUAUUUAUGUGUCCACCUGUAUAUCCACAUAUAUAUUUGUUAAUCACUUUGGGCUGUCUCCUAAUUUGGAGAAACUUUUGAUUACUUAAUACUUGGGGAAUACUGCUCAAAAUCAUGUUCAUAGUAAUAAAUUAUUCCUCUUUUAGGAUGGGGUAA